AAAAGACCAAUUUUGCCAGGUUGAGGUUUUUGGGUUGAAUACGAUGCUAAUGGACACUGUCAACGAGCUGGUUCAGCUGCUGGCAGCAGAUGGUCGGAUAGAUGUUAAGAGUGCUGCCUGCAUGACUGCUGCUCAGCUAACAGGAACCCCUGAGGGUCUAAGUCUUCUGACCUCCAGAGCAGAUAUUCUUACAGCUAUUUUGCACUUGAUUAGAGACUCGGAAAUUUACACAAGUAAAGAUGCCAUGCGUGCACUAAUCAACAUUUCUGCAGAGGAGUCUGGGGCUGAAGGUCUUCUGGCCCUGAAAGAUGUUGAUAUCACUGCAGAAAUGGUCAAGUGUAUUGAGGACACGGAAUAUCCCCAUGCAGACUUUGCAUGUGGUAUACUGGCUAAUUUGUCCAAGCCCAAGCAUUUGUGCCAACGGGUGUUUGACCGCAUCACUGAUGGGCCCACUAAGCUCGAAGGUCUGGUCUACAUACUCUCUCAGAUUGACUACAACAAAAAGGGUGCUAAACUUCAUCUUUUGGCAUCAUUCAUCUCUAAUUUCUCACAACUGGCUGCUGGGAGAAGACAGAUGAUGGACAAGGAUGGGUUUGUGUUGCAGCGACUUCUAUCAUUUAUGGAUUACAAGGAGUCAAAAGGGAGGCGAAUGUCUAUCAUAGCAACAGUUCACAAUUGCUGUUUUGAGAAGAAAUACCACCCAUGGUUAAUGGGUGAGGAUGUUGACUUGGUACCUCGCCUCUUGUUACCGCUCGCUGGACCAGACACUUUUAAUGAAGAAGAGAAUGACUCCUUGCCACUUGACCUCCAGUACCUCCCUGAUGACAAAGAAAGAGAACCAGACCCAGAGAUACGCAAGUUACUGCUCGAGGCUUUGAUGCAGCUGUGCAUCACCCGUGCGGGUAGAGAAGUGAUGCGCAAACAGAAUAUUUACCUCAUACUCCGAGAACAUCACAAGUGGGAGGAGGAUCGCCACUGCAUCAUGUUGAAUGAAGAUCUGGUCAAUCUUCUCAUUAGGACUGAAGAUGAAAUUGGUGUGGAGGAUUUGUCAUCAGUAGAAGUACCACCAGAUAUGGCAAGAAAGUUUGUUGAACACGAUAUGGAGUUUCUGAUGACAGGUUCAUCAGACUUAAAUUCCCUGACUGAAGCAAUGGUAGAAGAACUCAAAUAAAUUUGAAUCACAUA